UACUUGCAGACAAACUACCAACUGGCAUCAGUCAGAAGAGGACUCGAAAGAGGACAAGGACGGCGGACUUGAUAAUGGAACCCUGGUCCGCAUCGUGGCUGUACGUGAUGCUCUACGUGAUGAGCCUUCUGGCCCAAGGCUUGCUGGGUAAUCAUCCCGCCAGCUCCCCGCAGAGGCUACAGAGGGUCAAACGAGGCUGGGUAUGGAACCAGUUUUUCGUCCUGGAGGAGUACACCGGGCUGGACCCGCUUUACAUCGGAAAGCUCCACUCUGACAUGGACAAAGGUGACGGCUCCAUCAAGUACAUCCUGACGGGCGACGGCGCCGGCACCACCUUCACGAUUGACGACAGCACAGGUGACAUCCACGCCAUCCAGAGGCUGGACCGCGAGGUCAAGUCCCAGUAUGUGCUGCGAGCGCAGGCCAGAAACCGCCUCACCGACAGGCCUCUCGAGCCCGAGUCAGAGUUCAUUGUCAAGAUUCAAGACAUUAACGACAACGAGCCCAAGUUCCUGGACGGACCCUACCGGGCAUCGGUGCUGGAAAUGUCAAAAAUAGGAACGCCAGUGAUCCAGCUGACCGCCACUGACGCGGACGACCCGACAUACGGCAACAGCGCCCGUGUGGUCUACAGUAUCCUGGAGGGUCAGCCUUACUUCUCGGUGGACGCAAAGACCGGCGUGGUGCGGGUCUCGCUGGCUGACAUGGAUCGGGAGACCAGGGAGAACUACACGGUGGUCAUUCAGGCCAAGGACAUGGGCGGCCAGCUGGGCGGGCUCGCCGGAACCACACGCGUGGACAUCUCGCUCGGCGACGUCAACGACAACCCACCCGUCUUUGAUCAAAGGUUGUACCAGAUGAGCGUGCCCGAAUCCGCCUCGAUGGACUCAGAGGUGGGUCGGAUCCGGGCCACAGACCGCGACGUGGGCAUCAACGCUGACAUGACGUACAGCGUGAUUGACGGCGACGGCAGAGACACCUUCGGGAUCGCCACCGACAGCAGUAACAGAUACGCCAUCAUCACCGUCAAGAAGCCGCUGGACUUUGAGGCCAAGCGGAGUUACACCCUGAAGGUACAGGGCGCCAACACACACGUGGAAGACGUCACCACACUCCGCGAUGUCAGCACGUUCCGCGACGUCACAAUCGUGCACAUCAGCGUGGACGACGUGGACGAGCCGCCCGUCUUUGACGCGCCCGCUUACCUUUUGGAAGUGGACGAGGACGCCGAAGUGGGCACGCUGGUCAGGACGAUGGGCGCCAGGGACCCGGACGGCGACAACAACACUGUGAGGUACUCCUUGGAUCGGUCCAGCGACCCCGACAAGUUCUUCUACGUGGACAUCACGUCUGGGGCUCUGAUGACAUUGCGUCCGCUGGACCGCGAGCAGCUAGGAUGGCACAACAUCAGCGUCCUGGCCAUGGAGAUGAACAAUCCCUCUCAGUUGUCCAGCGCGGCCGUGGCCAUCCGCGUGCGGGACGUGAACGACAACGCCCCCACGCUCAGCGACUACCUGGAGGCCUACGUGUGCGACGGCGCCAGGGCAGGACAGUUGAUCCAGGCGGUGACGGCUGUGGAUCCUGACGAGCCUCCCGGCGGACAUCACUUCUCUUACGCUUUAGCGCCGCAUGCAGCCAACAACCCGAACUUCACCCUGCGAGAUAACCAAGACAACACAGCGUGGGUGUUGACGCGUCGCGGCGGCUGGUCCCAGCGUGAGCAGACCAUCUUCUACCUUCCCAUCACGGUGGCGGACGGGGAGCCUCCGUUGCACACCAGCACCUCCACGCUGAGCGUGCGCGUUUGCGCCUGCGACCGCGAUGGAAAUAUCAUGACCUGCAACGCGGAAGCUCACAGCCUGCCUGCCAGCCUCAGCAGGGCGGCGCUCAUCGCCAUCCUCGCUGCCAUCUUUGUGCUCCUGGUGAUGAUCCUGCUGAUGCUCUCGCUGCGGACGCACCGCAAGAAGCCAUAUCUUAGCGACGAGGAGGAGAACGUACACGAGAACAUUGUCCGCUACGACGACGAGGGCGGCGGCGAGGAGGACACGGAGGCCUUUGACAUCGCUGCCAUGUGGAAUCCGCGGGAAGUGCACCCACAAGCAAGUGAGCCGCGGCAGGACAUGCUUCCGGAGAUCCAGAGCUUGUCUCGCUACGUACCCAUGGCUAGCGGCGGCAGCGGCGUUCACGGCUACGUCCUGUCGAAGCUCCUGGAGGCCGACGUGGACCCGUGCGCACCCCCCUACGACUCCCUGCAGACGUACGCCUACGAGGGCGAGGGCUCGGUGGCCGAGUCGCUCAGCUCGCUGCAGUCGGGCACGUCCGGCGGCGACCACGAGUACGACUACCUCAACGACUGGGGGCCGCGCUUCAAGAAACUGGCCGAGAUGUAUGGCGUGCUGGACAUUAACAAUCCCCCCAUGUGGUAGCAGCACACACGGCCCACAAGACACAACACAGAACACCAGACUGACUGAAUUCUACAUAGGCGGGCCUGUUUUAUCUCUUCAGUGGCUCCUUGACAAGAUAGUUGCCAAGAUCCGAGAUGGACACCAUCCUCAGAUAUGUGGGCACCGUGCGGCCAUUAAGAAUCAUCCAAAUGAACAUAAAGCACCAGAGACUAAAGUCCGCCUUAAUGGGCUUGGUUUGGUGGGUUCCAAUUCAGAGGCUGAUGAGUGUCUGCAAGUCGAGCACGUAUGACCAUAAAGCUGGCAGGGAAGAACGAUAAACAAUUCCCAGCAGAAAAAUGCCAACACUGCCGCCUCAUCGGUCUGGAGCCUAAUUUCUUUGUGUUUAUUUGUGUUGACGCUAACUUAUUUGAUUACAAAAGCUAGAUAGACAGCGUGCUUGACGCUAACAUUCCUGCCACCUGGUAGCAACACGCGCAGCCUUCAAGAACAAUCCAGAAAACAAAGCACCAGAAGGUGAGUGAAUUCUGUCUCGAUUGGCCUGGUUUAAGCCUCCCUUGGCGCCUCAGUAGGUUAACUAUGUUGUCUAUGCUGCUGGAGCACUUCAAGAAACCGGAUGAGUGUGCUGGAUGCAAGCAAUCUGCCGAUGUGAAAGAACUCAAAAGCACCAGAGACAGACUGUAUUCCGCCUCAACGGGUCUGGUUCAGUGAGUUCCAAGUCGCAGCCUCCUGAGAGCCAACAUCAAAGCACAUUUAAAAAAAGAAUACCACCACAAAAGAAGGAUGGAUUGGAGUCCCAACAGAAAAACUCAAACACUGCCACCGCCUCAUCGGGUCUGAAGCCUAAUUUAUUGGUGUCUAUUUAUGUCGGAUCUACGUUGUUUAGGGAUGUCACAAAUUGGCAUUUCAAGUAGCUGGUCGGGAUGUGCAAAAGAAUUCAAAGCACCAGAGUCGGACUGAAUAGCGCCUCGAAGGGCCUGGUUUUGAUCCUCCAGCGGCGCCCCAAGUCUGAGUCUCCGGAGAGCCAACUUCAAAGCACAUGGGAACAAAAAAGAACCACACAAAAGAGUUGUGAAUGAUUCCCAGCAUAAGAACACCGCCACCGCCUCAUCGGGUCUGGAGCAGAACUUAUUGUUGUCUAUUUGUUUUAGAGCUAGCUUAUUUGAGGACAGGAAAAAAUCUGUUCACUCAAAUGAGAAGUCGUGACGAGCGCCUUUUAAUUCGGGACACCAUCGUGCCAGCAGAGUCUGACGGCCGCAGGCCUCGACGGGUUGGCUAAAUCGUCGCCGCCAUGCUAACGCUACUUGACCGUGGAGCCUGUGGAGCGCAAAGACACUGUCAUCGAUCUGCAUUAAGUGCCAAAACUAGGAAGAACAUUUUGGAUUUAAAACAAACAAA